ACUAAACUCCACCGUCUGUAUUGAUAUGACUAAUUGAGUUUCGUUGUUAUAGCUAGACUGACAGUCAUGCGCCAAGUGAAAAAAGGAAGACAACCACGCACUGCUACUUUCUAUAGGAGUGGUUCUGCAAAGUUCAGUGCCAGAGGGUCGUUUAAGUGUCAGUGAAGCAAUAAACUCUUAACAACUACAGCUCAGUAGGCAUCUCAUGCACAUAUAAUCACAAUCAGAAACAAGAACAAGAGUUCAUGUAUGUGUGGAGGAAAGAAGAAAACCCUCGUAGUUGCUAAACAGUGUUGCUGAAGUAGCAUUCUAUGGACAGAUGAGACAAGCAUUAAAAUUAUGACUGAGAAUCUCACUCUAGAACCUUGAGGCGUGGCGCAGAAAGCAAAUUGUGUCAUUCUGCUAAGUCAUGACUUAAACAAACGUUAGUUCAUAUAAAAGCAAAGGGGUCCCACAUGUUGUCUCUUGACCCGCUACUUGCUACUUUUCAUCAUUUCAUCGUUCGCCGGCCUUUGAGUGACUGUCUUUUUGUAUCUGUGACUCCAGGACUGCUUGCCUUGCUGUUGAUAGUGUUGGAGUGGACCCGGCCAGGCCUACCAUCCCCGCUGAGGCCAAUCUGUGACCUGAGAGUCCUGAAUCAUUUCAUUAAGGAAGCACAAGACGCAGAAGUCGCUAUGAAGUCGUGCAGAGAAGGAUGCAGCCUGUCAGAGUCUGUCACUGUUCCCCAAACCAGAGUUGAAUUUGAUGUCUGGGAGAAGAAAAAUGCACUGGAGCAAGCCCAGGAGGUGCAGUCUGGUUUAUGGCUCUUACAACAGGCCCUCAACUUGCUACGGACCUCAGUCACCAACACAGCACUGCAAAGCCACAUAGACAACUCAAUCAGAAACCUGCUCAGCAUCAAUGGUGUGCUCCGUAGCCUCAACAUCCAGGAAUACACCCCACCAGCAAGUGCAGCAGGGCUUGAGGGAACAUGGAGGGUGUCCUCUGCAACGGAUUUGCUUCAAGUCUACGUCAACUUCCUGCGAGGCAAAGUGCGCCUCCUUCUUUUGGAUGCGCAGGCUUGUCAGCAAGAUGUCAGCUGAUCAGCUGUUCUCCAUACUCCAGGCGAAGCUAAUUUGUG